GUAUCGUUGGAGUUGGAGGUUAUGUUUUAUGUUAUGUUCAUGAGUUCAUGUUUUAUGAGAUACGCUACUAGGCUAACUAGACUAUUGCUUUUAGAUUUCCAUUUCGAUUAAUAAACUAAUUGAGAUUGAGAGUUGCGAGGGCGCGAGGAACUGUCUAGUCAGAGUCAGACCACUUGACCUCUGUUCAUAUCUACAUUAAUUCGAGUUAAAUGACAAUCUUCUGACGUGUAGGCCUACUUAAAAGUUUUUGGAAAACUAUGGCGCUUGCAAUGAAGUUCUUCUCAAGUAUUUCAACUACCAGGACCCAUGUUUUAUCCAGGUGUACUAAUUCACUUUUUUCAGCCAAUUCUGGACCAGGUGUGAUUGCUUCUCUAAAAGUUACAAGUCCACAACUACAGAUAAAUCGAGGCCACAAAAGGUAUGUACGUGCAGUUAAGGCAGUAUUCAAAAAAAGGAAAGAACAAAUGGUAAAAGACAAUAUGGGACCUCUUCCUCCUCAACCGAGGAAUACAUAUCCUGAGUGGAACUACAAUGCUGAACUAUUUGGCUUUGGUAAGAGGUUAAAUGAAAAUUUUAACAAGGAGCUAUUGCAGCGAGCCUUUGUGGAGCGAUCUUAUAUUAUUAUGGAAGAAGAAAAACAGAAGAAAGUUGGCAUUGAGGAACCCAAGAUUAUGUUAAAGGAUAAUACAGAGUUCGUUCUCAAAGGAGAAUCUUUGAUCAAGAAUUUUAUAAAAAGAUAUUUAAGAACUGUGUAUCCCAAGUAUCCUGAGGAAGGGAUUUGCUCAAUCACGGACUAUUUAUUGAGUGAUGCCGUUUUGGCCGAAAUAUCGAGACACAUCGGCACAACUGAUAUAAUAUUAACAUCAGACCAUCCCCCGUCAGUGAACUCGUUGGCUAAUGUUUUGAAAGCUAUCAUCCAUGCUCUGGAACUGAGUUCUGGUGAAGAAAGAGCCUGUGCAUUCAUAAGGGACUUCAUUAUUACUUAUCUCUCAGACAAAGAUAUCAAUGAACUUUGGGAAAUCAAUGAGCCAGAGACUGUUUUAGCUUCAAUUUUACAGCGAGAUGGAAGAUGUGAAGCAGAACCAAGAAUUAUUGGAGAUGCUGGUAAAGGAACGAUAUUGGCUGCGUAUCAAAUCGGUUUGUUUAGUGACAAAGAAUUUAUUGGCAUGGGAUUUGGGGAAAGCAUUGCUGUAGCAAGAGAUAUGGCUGCUAGAGAUGCACUGAAAAGAUUAUUCCAAACAACCGAACGAGCAAGGCCUAUACCUUUCAACUUGGUGUUAAAAGCUAAUGAUCAAAAACCUUUUGCGAACAUAAGUAUUCAAGAUUGGUGUGAGAAAAAUGUGAAAUCCUUAAUGACCUAGUGCUGGAAUUAGAUUUUGUGAGUAACUUAUACACUGCCUUUUUAGUUUUGCCAAAUUGCCAUUUCAUUUCCAAAUUGGAAGACAACCAAUAGGAACACACGGUCAAUAACCUUUAUCAAUUUUCGGAUUCAUAAUUAUAAUUUACCUUGAGAAUAACUUAAAUAAAUAUAAGGCCUAACUUAAAUCAGCAAAAGCACAUUUACAGUACAGUAGCUAGUUUAGGUGAAUUGGAUUCAAGCCAUGACAUAUAAGUAGGCCUAUCUGAUGAUGCGACUGAAAUAUUUUUGUAGAAACUGUUUGGAUUCAUUUGUUAUUUAGGGGCAUAUUAUUGAAAAUUAAAACUAUAGGCCCUAAAUUAAAACUCGAACAAAUUCCAGUAUGUAUUUAUUUGUAGCAUCAUACCUACCUAUUUAAGUUAGUUGUUAGAUAGGCCUAGAUUUUUAUGUUCCACAAUUUAGUUGAAACUGGAAAUUAUACAAUAGGCUUACCUAUAUUAUAAACUUUGCAAACAUUCUGCUCGUUAGUUCAAAAAGAGUGAAUUUGUAAUGUUUAAUUUUGUAAAAAUACCUGCUUAACCAACAGUUACACAGUUUUAGUAAAGUUUGAGAACCCUUGGCAUAAACAUUGUGAGAAUUUUAAUGUUUUAAAAUUCAUACCAAGGCCAAUACAAAAUUAUCCCAACUUAAAAAUCCAGAUUGAUUUACCAUUCGUAGGUACCUAUUUUAAGUCAAACUUGAUUGUCAUGUUGAGACAAACUUUCUUGUAAAUACAUAGUCAGUUACUUAGUACUCUAA